CCAAAGAAUCUCAUUCAACUUCGUUGUCUUGUUGAAUUUUUGCCAAAGAAAAUAAAGAAAAUGUUAUCGAAAACUAAUAAUUAUACAUUUAACAAAAUAAACUGACCCAUUGUUGGGUGUAACAAUGACACAGUGGAAUAUUUAACAAAACUAUUAAAAAAAUAAAUUGGGGUUUUUUAAUUAAAUUCUCGAAUAGUGUGCUGUUUUUGGGGUGGAAGGAAAAAUCUAUACAAAGAAGUAGAAGAAGAAGAAGUGAAGGAAACAAAAUCAAAACAAUAGGCUUCCAGUUAAAUCAUCAGAAAUAUAAAUAUAUUGCCAGACAAUGGAACCCAACGAUGAAGUGGUGGAACGUCAGAAACUGGUCGAUGUCGAGACUGAAGAAGAUGUGACAAACAGCGCCCCCAAAUCAGCUCCAACUCCUGCCUCACCAAUGGCCGUGCCCAAAAUUAAUAUUAAGAGUAUAUCUAGUGGUGAAACAACUCGUAGCCGUAAUUCCGCCUCAUGUUCCAUUGAACGUUCUGAUAAAGUCGGUCAAACAUCUGCCAAAGUAACAUACAUCAAUGAAAGACGUCCUCGACCGCAUUUGCAUGGUACCAACGAUGAACGUUUUGAAUUCAAAUCAAGACCACGUAAACUAUUAAAAGAUUGUGAUUCAAAUAGCCUCAAUGAUAUAACCCAGCUAAGUAGCAGUGACACGCCAAGCGAUGAAAGUACAACAAACAUAGACGGUGAUGAUAUCUAUAAUACGCAUAAUUUUAGCAUAUCGAAUAAAAACCAUAAAAACAACAUCAACAACAAUAAUAACAACAACAACAUAUGUACGACUAAUUUAAGUCAACCAUUUACGGCGACGACAACAAUUGCCACCGCUGUUGCCGCUGUACCGAUUUCCCUGAGCAAUGAUGAUAUUCAUCAGGCAAUUAACAUCACCAGCAACAACAUCAUCACCAUCCAUAGCAAUAACAACAAUAACCACAACAUCAGCGGCAGCAGCAGCAGCGCAACCCCCAACAGCAGUACUGCCUUUCAUCAACAACAGAGUGUUAAUGCGAACAUCACAACAACACCGUCGCGACGCAAACCGAGCGUCAGCACCAGCACUGGCAUCAGCGUCAGUGCCGGCUAUCCCGGUCUCAUGUCAUCGGUGAACACCAGCAACAAUCUCAGUGAUAAAUUUGAUCAACGUCCCAUUAAACAUCAUUCUUUUGUCUCAGAAGUGCCGGAUGUCAAGCAUAUGGAGCGCGCCCUGUUAGGACUGCUGAAUGAUUUCCAUUCGGGGAAGCUGAAAGCGUUUGGUUCCGGCUGUACCAUGGAUCAGAUGACCAAAAUACGCGAACAACAAGAAAGCCUUGCCAAAUUGCAUUUUGAACUGGCCGCCUCCGAGGAAGAUUCGCUGGAGAAUGGUAACGAUUUCAAUGCCGCCAAAGCUCAAGAGAAUAUGUUACAGCUGAUGCAACGCUUGGAACAGCUAUCCAUUUCGAUUGAACAAUUGCAGACCAGUCAUACAGGACUCUGAGAUUUACUGCAAGCAACGUGUGACAACGUCCGUGGCGGAAGUGGUGUGGCGGGAAUUUCUAGUGGUGGAGGAGCGGUGCUAAAAAGGACGAUAUCAGCUGUAUGUGGCGAUUAUGUGGCCAACAACAACAAUGAUGAUGAUCAUGAACGGCCAACAGCAUUACGAACAUCAUCAUUACCACCCUCAUCAUCCUCAUACCAACCUGAAACGGUUGAUGCACGUUUGCUUUUACUAUUGUUGUGAUUUCAUUUUCUAAAAAAACAAAACAAAAAACGGAACAUAAAAAAAACGAAAACAAAAAACAAUUGUAAUCUUAUGGUUCUAUACAAAAAAACAAUAUUAUUUGAUAACCAAAAAGGAAAAACAAAAUACAAUUUCUAAAACCAUGUUAAAGAAGAGGACCGACCUUUUUAAUCCCAAGUUUUUGCAUUAUUUUUUGCUCUCUGUAUAUUCCUUCCCUCCAGAUACUUCUUUAUCAUUUUGUAAAUGUAUAUUUUUCUUUUGUUUGUUUCUCAUUUUUUUGUUAUUUUAUACUGACUGUGUGUAAUCUUUAUAGUUUGUUUAUAUUAUUUUUUUGUUUGCUUUUGAGUUUUUUGUUUAAAAACUAUAAUAAUCUUUUUUCCACGUUUUGUAAAUUUAAGUCAUUUUAUAAAAAAGAAAAGUAAUUAAUUAAGAAAAAACAAAAGAGAAACUAUUAAUUAAUUCACCUUUGAGAAAAAGACCUUUUUUUAUGGUAGUAAGUUUUUUUGUAGGGGUUUUUGUCAAUAAAGAUGAUGAUAACAUAAAAACACAUAGUAGUAACAAACUCAAUUGCUAUUAAUUUUAACAAAAAGUAUUUUCAAAAAAAUAAUAGUAAUGCCAAUAAAAUGGAAGAAAUAUGUUUUAAUUGAAAUUGUGU